AUUUUCGGUAUCGCAGUUCAGCAUGCAUGUUGCGCGGUUUGGAGUUCAUUUCUAUUUCAAUCUGCUCGCAAGAUUGCUAAAAUAGAGGUCUACUAUCAAGAUUCAUGUAGAAUUAUGGUGUAAUUUGGGAUUGAAGAAUACCAGCAUCAUAGCCAAAGUUGAUGAGGCCUUGAGGUCACAAUAGGUCAAGAUGACUUCUAUCAUCAAGCUAACCCCAUUCUCUGGGGUGUUGGAUGAAUCUCCACCAUGUUACAUGCUACAAGUAGAUGAGUUUAGGUUUCUACUAGACUGUGGAUGGGAUGAACAUUUCACCAUGGAGAACAUAGAAGGACUCAAAAAGCAUAUUCACCAGGUAGACGCUGUUCUCUUGUCGUAUCCAGACAAUCUCCAUCUAGGAGCCUUGCCCUAUCUGGUGGGCAAGUGUAACCUGACUUGUCCAAUCUAUGCCACUGUUCCAGUCUACAAGAUGGGACAGAUGUUCAUGUAUGAUUUGUAUCAGUCUAAACACAACUAUGAAGAGUUUGAUUUGUUUAAUCUGGAUGAUGUUGAUGCUGCUUUUGAUAGGAUCAUUCAGCUCAAGUACUCUCAGAGUGUCACCUUAAAAGGCAAAGGUCAUGGUCUGACCAUCACACCACUCUCUGGUGGUCACAUGAUCGGAGGGACCAUCUGGAAGAUCGUCAAGGAUGGAGAGGAAGAGAUCAUCUAUGCUGUCGACUAUAAUCACAAGAAAGAGCGCCAUCUUAAUGGAGCAGUCCUUGAGACUAUCAGUAGACCAAGUCUUCUCAUCACAGAUUGUUUCAAUGCAACGUACGUUCAGGCUAGGCGGAGGGCCAGGGAUGAGAAACUAAUGGAUAUUAUAUUGAAUACAAUGAGGAAUGAAGGCAAUGUUCUGAUAUCUGUUGACACAGCAGGCAGAGUUGUAGAACUCUCACUCCUUUUGGACCAACUGUGGAGGAAUCAGGAUUCUGGGUUAGGAAAUUACAACUUAGCGAUGCUCAACAAUGUCAGUUACAAUGUUGUGGAAUUUGCAAAAUCACAGGUUGAAUGGAUGAGUGACAAGGUGAUGAGAGCAUUUGAAGACAGAAGAAACAAUCCAUUCCAGUUUAAGCAUCUCAAGCUUUGUCACAAUCUCAAGGAAUUAGCGAAAGUUCCUGACCCGAAGGUUGUGUUAGCCAGUGUUCCAGAUUUAGAGUGUGGCUACUCAAGAGAACUAUUCAUUCAAUGGAGUGGUGAUGCUAAGAACAGUGUGAUACUCACCAACAGGACGUCACAUGGUACACUAGCUAGGAGGUUGAUAGAAACACCUAACCCAAACCAACUCAAACUCAGGGUGAGCAAAAGAGUGAAGCUUGAGAAAGAAGAAUUAGAUGAGUACAGGAUACAUGAAAAGGAGAAAGAAAGACAGAGAAAAGUAGAUGAAGCUGCCCAAAGGAGAUUAGAAGGAGAUUCGAGUGAUGAGAGUGAAGAAGAGAUGGAGGUAGAUGACAUGGGAAGAUCAAGGACCAAGCAUGAUCUUAUGAUGAAUACAGAUACUGGGAAGAAAGGAACAAGUUUCUUCAAGACUGUGAAGAAGUCGUACCCCAUGUUUCCAUUCCAUGAAGAGCGAUUAAGAUGGGAUGAUUAUGGUGAAGUCAUCAAACCUGAAGACUAUAUGAUCAAAGAAACCGUACAGACAGAGGAAGAGAAAGAAGUCAAAGAAGAAGAGAAUGCUGACUUUGAAGAUGCAGCUGAAGGUGACAUACCAACAAAGUGCAUAGCAAGCCAGAUCAUUGUGGAUGUGAAAUGUUCUAUAACCUUCAUUGAUUUUGAAGGUCGUUCAGAUGGGGAAUCAAUGAAGAAGCUUAUCACUCAAGUCAAACCAAGACAAUUGGUGUUGGUUCGGGGUCAGAUGAAUGCCACACAGCAUCUAGCUGAAUACUGUCAUUUACAGCUUGCUGGAGUCAAAGUCUUCAUUCCAAGAAUGAAUGAAAUCUGUGAUGCUACUAUGGAGAGUCAUAUCUAUCAGGUGAAACUGAAGGACAGUCUUGUGAGCUCUCUGCUCUUCUCUAAGACCCGUGAUACAGAGUUAUCUUGGAUUGAUGGAUGUUUAGAUCUACAGUCUGCAGGAGACAAGCUUGCAGGCAAGGCUAUCAAAGGAUCAGAUAGCUCACCCAAUGGAGAUGAGAAGAGUUUUGGAGAUGAGAAGAAGAAAACUCCUGGACUUGGACUUGGAAAUGAGAGUGAAGAUUCAAGUGAUGAUGAAGAUGAUAUCAUUCCUGUGCUUGAUGCUGUCCAAACAAACGAGGUAACACCCCAUCGGCAGGUGUAUGUCAACCCACCAAGGUUCCUAGACUUCAAGCAGGUGCUGGCUAAGAAUGGAAUCAGAGCAGAGUUCACAGGAGGUGUACUUGUAUGUAAUAACACUGUCGCCAUCAAAAGGAAUGAGAAAGGCCAUCUGACUCUGGAAGGAGCUGUGUGUGAUGAUUACUACACUGUUAGGGAACUUUUGUAUGAGCAGUAUGCCAUUGUAUGAGGAAAGCCUAACAUAGCACCUUGAAGACUUCCACCCACGUAUAUUCCCAGGCUUCCACUGCAUAAAAAGAAAUUGAGAAAGCUAUGCUGUGACAGGUCACCUAAUGUAUUGCUAUUCUACCUCCGAAAGGAUUCCAUCUUUGCCUGUCUGUCUGACAUCUGUGUAUAAAUUACAAUGGAAUUAGCAUGUCAGCAGGGGAAACCUUGAACAGUGGAAUGAAAAGUGUUGAUAGUAUGGAUGCCUUAGGAUGGUAUCAGGAAUCCCUGAGUUCAGAGAUCAUCCGUGAACAAACGAAGGUUUCAGUCUGGAUACUGGAGUGGAGGUCUAAAGAUAAUUCUACCUUUGCAAGAUGAUACAGAGACCAAAGAUACAAUGACUUUACUUCUGUCUUGAAAGGCAUGUCAGAUUUCUGUAAAUUGAGAUCUUUACUGAGCAAGAAUUGAUAUUGCACACAACCUGGCAGUUACUGGUAGUGCUAGGAGAGCUGGCUGAUACAUUAAAUAUUGCACUGAACUUUGGUCUGCGAAAGAUAGGAGCUCUACCACAUCCUUGACUAAAGUUUACUCUUUAAAGAUUGAUUAAGGUCAAUAUGAGUAAAUAUUUAUGAAGACAAAUCUUUAGUAAAUCAGACUGAUAAACAAAGGAUAUUGUGAGUGAGAUGUGCACAUUAAGAUUUGGAUUAAGUAAGAUUGAGAAUACUAGAAGCAUAAGUUAAAUGUAGCAUUGUCAUUGAGUGUUGCAUUAACACCACACACCAAUCUCUAGCAAUUCCACUUUGCACGGCACUCCAGUAUGCCACUGUGUAUGGAGAGAAAAGAAGAUCAUAUUAUAAACCUCGGCUGUAUGUACAGUAUUUAACCAUUUCAUGAUAAUUCAUUUUGUCACUAACUUGGCAAAUAAACACUGCCUGAAGCUUGUGGUAAUACAGGGACCAAUGUUUUUUUACAACAAGUUUGAUGAUAUGAAUUGAAAACAAGAGCCAGUGGCAAGUGGGCUUAAGAAAAAAAAAAAUCCUCAUAUAUGUAUAAGUGGCACGCUCUCACUCUCGCUUUGUCUCUUUCUCUCUCUCUCUAAAAGCCACCCAUGUGUGGUCUCUUCUAUUGCCUACUAGGAAGAAGAAUAUUCAUGUUGUACAACCUGUCUAGAAAUGUCACCUGCCUUUCUGUGGGUUCUGUAUAUGUUGCUUUGUUUCCCAUGGAUUUGAGAAAGAAACCAAGAAAAUACAAUUUGAGAAGUAUUCUUUUAAAUAUUUGUGGAACAUUCAUGAUUGACAUGGAAUUAAAAUAUUUAAAUCACCUGCAAUUGACCUUUUCUACACAUAACCAGUGUUGAAUACUGGUUCUGUUCAAUUGUUCAGAUACACACUCCUUCCUUGCAAAGCCAUUUCUUGAACUAAAGAAGAGAGUAAUCCUAAAUCAUAAAGUAUCAAGAAAGUACCAAUGAAUAUAGGGGGGAAUGGAAUGAACAUACACAUUAUACAUAUCCAUGCCAUGGCAUUUUUCAUAAGAUUACUGAUAUCUGCUGAUUUUCUUGCUGGUACAUAGUGUGCAUGAAGAAUUAACAAUGUAUCAGAUCCUGGAUCCGGUAGACAUAUGAUUUGCCAUCUGAUCAAUUGUACAUUUUCUUUAUCUCAUGUCUCCGCAUAUGAUUAAGUGCAGAUGUUUUGUGGUGUAAAUUUGUAAUAAAUUUUUUGAGAAAAUCUGAAAA